AUGUUGUUCUUUGCAGUGAUUGAUUCCUGUGAUUUGAGUCAAACUUGUUUCAGCCUGACUGCUUUCUCUCCUCAAAUGUUUCCGGCCUGCUUAGACACUGAUUGUGGCAGUAGUCCACCCAUGGGUUUGAUGAUCAAGCAUUUUCUUUCUUUUGCCGUUGCUGCCGCCAAGUCGUCAAGCCUCCGAAAGCACCAGAGCACAAGCCGAAGUGACGAGCUGGCGAAGCAGCAGCAUCGUCGCCUGGCGUCUGCAUUGUUCCGCAGGUGUCGACUCGCGGUAGUUUUUGUUGUGUCCGGUGGAUGGCCGACUGUGCGCAAGUUGCGUUUGUUGAGUUGCGGAUUGUGUCGUGUGUUGCCCAGACAGCCCAGACAGAUCGAUCAGGACGACCAGGUUUUCACAGGGUGCUCAGUGCUCAGAUGUCGUGCUUUCAGAGAUUUGUGCACCGCGCGGUGUGCACAUUGGGGGCAUCCCGCGCGUCAAGGCCCCAAAUCCUCAGUGGCCGUGAUUGGUGCUACCCGCAGUUGA